AUGGAGGAGCUUUUGGUGGCAGGGUCUGGGGAAGGGGUGUCAGGUGCCAUGUCUGACCAUGAAGGUGGCAAGAAGGAGCCCCUGAAGCAGCCCAUGAAGCAGGCCAAGGACACAGAUGAGGAAGAUAAGGCACUCAAGCAGAAACAGAAAGGGGAGCAGAAGAAACUUAAGGAGCUAAAAGCAAAGGCUAUGGGGAUGGGCCUCCUGGCCACAGGUGGAAUUAAGAAAUCUGACAAAAAGUAA